UCCGGUCCUUUGAUUUGCGUGGUCUCGAAAUGGCUACAGCUGGUGAUCCUCAGAAAAAAGAAGUUUUACCCUUUGUAUACCAAUAUCUGAAAGAUUUAUGUUUUGAUGGAGCAAAACAAUUAAAGGAAACAUUCAAAGUAAACCUACCACCGAAAGGGUCACCAAAGCUUGAAGAUGUUUACACAGUAUGGCAGAGUUCUAAUGGAAAAAGGAAAAAUGGAGACACGCCCACUUCUGGUAACAAAAAGGCAAAGACUGAAUCAUCGUCAGACUCCUCGGAUAGCAGUGACUCAGAAGAUGAGAAGGCUCAGAAACAGAAAGAUAAAACACCAACGAAGAAGAGAGGAAGACAGUCAUCAAGCUCUAGCUCCUCUGACUCGUCUGAUGAUGACUCUGCUAAAAAACCAGCAGUUAAAAAAGUAGCUGUAACGUCAAAAACUGGAAACAAGCCUGUUGUAACACCCAAGAAGAAGGCAAACAAUGACAGCAGUGGUACAUCUGAUUCUGAUGCAGAUUCUGAAAGCUCUGAUAAUGAAUCAUCAAAAAAAGUUCCUGCCAAGAAAAAGCAGCCAUCAUAUAACAAUGUGCCACCACCAGGAGCUCUUACACCAAAAGGAAAAAGUCCUGCAGCAAAAAAUAAAAAAGCAGAGAGUAGUUCUAGCGAUAGUUCAUCAGAUGAAGAGGAUAAAAAGAAGGCAAAGAAACCAAUUACACCUGCAAAAUUAGCCUCCAAAACUUCAACUCCAGCCAAGAAACCAGACAGUUCUAGUAGCAGUGAGUCUGAUAGCUCUGAAGAUGAGACUAAGGCAGCUAAAAAAACAAAAACAGCUGUGAAAAAGGCUGUUACUCCAUCUAAACAGAAAAAGGAGUCCAGUAGUAGUGAUGACUCUGACAGUUCUGAGGAUGAGAAGAAAAAAACAGUAAAAAAGACUGUCACUAAACAAACUACCCCAGCCAAGAAAAAAGCUGAAUCCAGUAGCAGUGAUUCUUCUGAUAGUUCAGAAGACGAGAAACCUAAAACAGCUGCAAAGGCAGCUACACCUAAAGCAAAGGCUGCCACACCAGCAAAGAAGACACCAACAAUGAAAAAAGCUGAAUCAAGUAGCAGUGAUUCUUCUGAUAGUUCAGAAGACGAGAAACCUAAAACAGCUGCAAAGGCAGCUACACCGAAAGCAAAUAAUGCUACUCCGGCAAAGACACCAACAAAGAAAAAAGCUGAAUCUAGUAGCAGUGAUUCUUCUGAUAGUUCUGAAGAUGAGAAACCUAAAACAGCUGCAAAGGCAGCUACACCUAAAGCAAAGGCUGCUACUCCAGCAAAAAAGACCCCAACAAAGAAAAAAGCUGAAUCUAGUAGCAGUGAUUCUUCUGAUAGUUCUGAAGAUGAGAAACCUAAGUCCUCUGUGAAAGCUGCUACUCCGGCAAAGAAGACACCAACAAAGAAAAAAGCCGAUUCUAGUAGCAGUGAUUCUUCUGAUAGUUCAGAAGAUGAGAAACCUAAAACAGCUGUAAAGGCGACUACACCUAAAACAAAUAAUGCCACUCCAGCAAAAAAGACACCAUCGAAGAAAAAAGCUGUAUCUAGUAGCAGUGAUUCUUCUGAUAGUUCAGAAGAUGAGGAACCUAAAACAGCUGCAAAGGCAGCUACACCUAAAGCAAAGGCUGCUACUCCAGCAAAAAAUACACCAACAAAGAAAAAAGCUGAAUCUAGUAGCAGUGAUUCUUCUGAUAGUUCAGAAGAUGAGAAACCUAAAACAGCUACAAAGGCAGUUACACCUAAAGCAAAGGCUGCUGCUCCAGCAAAGAAGACACCUAUGAAGAAAAAGGCUGAAUCUAGCAGCAGUGAUUCUUCUGAUAGUUCAGAAGAUGAGAAACCUAAAACAGCUGCAAAGGCGACUACACCUAAAACAAAAAAUGCCACUCCAGCAAAGAAGACACCAACGAAGAAAAAAACUAAAUCUAGUAGCAGUGAUUCUUCUGAUAGUUCAGAAGAUGAGAAACCUAAAACAGCUGCAAAGGCGACUACACCUAAAACAAAUAAUGCCACUCCAGCAAAAAAGACACCAACGAAGAAAAAAACUGAAUCUAGUAGCAGUGAUUCUUCUGAUAGUUCAGAAGAUGAGAAACCUAACACAGCUGCAAAGGCAGCUACACCUAAAGCAAAUGCUGCUACUCCGGCAAAGAAAACACCAACAAAGAAAAAAGCUGAAUCCAGUAGCAGUGACUCUUCUGAUAGUUCAGAAGAUGAGAAACCUAAAACACCUGCAAAGGCGACUACACCUAAAGCAAAGGCUGCUACUCCGAAGAAAAAAGCAGAUUCAAGUAGCAGUGAUUCUGAUAGCUCUGAUGACGAUAAAAAAGCUAAAACAACAAGUAAGCAGGGAUCAAAAAGCAAUACGCCAGUUGCUAAAUCAGUGACACCCAAGACCAAAAAGGAGAGCUCUAGCAGUGAAUCAGAUUCUGACAGUUCCGAUGAAGAAAAAAAUAAAAAGCAAACAAAAAAAGCAUUAACACCUAACAAUAAAUUAAAUAGUUCUAAGACUACUAAAAAGGAUAGUUCAAGUGAUUCAGACAGUUCAAGUGAAUCAGACUCAAAUAAGAAAAGUAAAAACACUGCUGUAAAUAAUAAAAAAGUGAAUACAAGUGUAAACAAUAAGUCAAAAAAAGACAGUAGUUCUUCUGACUCAGACAGUUCAGAUUCAGAGGAAGAGAAAAAAGUAAUUAAAUCAGGUGUAAAAUCACUGAAUAAUUCCACAGUUAAAACACCUAAACAGACACCUAUUAAAAAAGUGGAUUCAGACAGUUCGUCUGAUAGUUCUGAUUCAGAUUCAGGAAAGAAGCCAUUAACAUCUACACCAGCUGUUAAUGGUAUGGUUAAUGGGAAGGGUAGUAGCAGUUCUGGAGAGGACUCUGGUGUGGCAAUGAUGAAUGGAAAGGAUGAAAAAACUCCGAAGAAAAAGUCCAAGGAAGAGAACAAAAAGACUCCAUUUAGAAGAGUACAAACAGAAUCUAUAGACGUGGAUGAUCGACUCAAGGACAAUUCUUUUGAAGCCAAGUCUGGUGCUUAUGGAUCCUGGGGAGAGAAGGCUAACAAAGACCUCAAGUUUACAAAAGGUAAAUCAUUCAGACAUGAAAAGACAAAGAAAAAACGAGGAAGUUACAGAGGAGGAGCUAUAGAUACAAGUGUUCAUUCUAUUAAGUUUGAUGAUGAAUAACAUUUAUUUAUUUAAUAUGAAUAUCAAUGUCAUGAGAAGAAUUGUAUAAGAUAUAUAAGGUGUUUGUCUUUUUUAAAUGCUGAAUUUUUCACUUAAUCAUGUCCCUGUUUAAGAACAGUAUUAUUUAUAGGUUACAAGUUUCAUGGAUUUCUACAAGUACUUUCAUAGUAACACUCCAGAAACUAAAUGAAUUGAAACUCGUAGGAUAAAGUUUAUCAUAUCAUGUGAUGGUACCUAAGAAUUGUAACUUGAAACUUUUUCCACAAAUAGAAUUACCACAAAUAGAAUUGUUUUGAAGACAAGUUUUUGAUAUUGGGACAUCAUGGAAUAUUUAAUAAUUGAAUAGGAACUUCUGGUUUGCAAAUGUCAAUAAUCUUGGUGUACAGUUAACAUUUACCUUUAUGUUUAUACUUAUCUGAAUAAAAACAUUGGAGUAAUUUAUCUGUUGAAUUGUGUAUAUUUUUUAUUUCCUUGGUGCUUUUUUCCAAUAGAAAUGAAUGUUUGUUGUGAAAAGAAUUCACUAUUUUCAGUGCAAUAGCAAUGAAGUCAUUUCUCUUAAACUAAAGUGGUCAAUAAUUUGUAUUUAAUGAAAUAUUUUCUAGUCCUGUUCAAAACAUUUUUAGAACUUAAUCACCUUAAUCCAUUACAGUAACUUCGUUAAAAUUGUUUUCACUUUAUGUAUUGCUCUAUUUCACUUAACAUUAUUUGGUUUAUUCAGAGAUAUCCGUCGUUUCAGAAUCUAAUGCAUUCUGGGUAAUAUUUUCAAAAGCAUACAGGAAAACUUUGUGAUAGGCUAACAUUAUCAUUGAUAAUGAAUAUGAUAUACAAUACUAAAACAAUGAUGUGAUAUUAUUUUCAUUAUGGGGUACAAAUAAUGAAAUUACCCAUAAUCCAUUAGAUUCUGAAACAGCAAAUUGAUUGAUGAUUGAAGUAUGUAGAAAAAAGCCCAAACAUAUAAUCGCUCAUAUAUAUUAUGGAGGUUUUGUUGUUAUGCUAUUUUAUCAUUUUAUGUCUUUAUUGUCUAUGGACAUCAUACAAUUUAAAAAAAAGUAUUUAAUUGUUACAUUUCUGAUUAGAAAAUGUUCAUUUUACCUUAAAUACUUUUGUUCAUUUCAUUCCCAAAAGACAUGGUAAUAUUUUUGUUGUCAUUAUUGUUGAAAUAAUAUGUAAACCUCAUUUAGAUUUCAUUGAUAAUGAAUAUGAUAUACAAUACUAAAUGGGACAAGUUUCCAGAAAAAGUACACAAGUUUCAACUUAAGUCGUCAAAAAGUAAUUAUAUUAUGCCCCUUUAAGUAUUAACUCCAAGCCUGUUAAGAUGCUAGGGGUUUAUUAUAUUACUAUUCAUGGGAUAAUAAUUUCCAUUCUUUUUUACAUGGUAAGAACAAGUGUUUUAGAUCUUCCAUUGUAUUUGCAACAAAUAUUACACUUCACUGAAUUCCCUAUAGUAAAAACUAAUUGGACAGUGAAAAUGAAUGUAUUCUUUGAUACUUCUGGUAGUAUUUUGUUCAGGGACAGUGAAACAUAUUUUUCUUUGAUACUUCUGAUAGAAUUUAUUUUGUUCACAUCUAGAUGUAGGCUAUUAAAUUAUCAUAUUUUUCAAAAAGUAUUUCUUCACAAAUAUGUUGUCUGGUGUAACAACAGUAAAACUGAUUACAAAACAAUAGUUUUGCAUGCACAGAAUUCUAUCGGAUUGUAAUAUUAUACAUUUUGAUCCUAUAAUGUUAAACAAUGGCAGAGUUUUAUUUUAGAACUGAAUGCAUACUUGUACUUUGUUAUAUCAAAAAAUCAUAAUAAACAGGUACACAAUGAA